GAAGUGUGUGAAGUGCAGUUGAAGGCCCAUGUGGUGCGACAGCGUUUCCCGGCACUUAGCUUUGUAUAGAACCCCUAAUAUACUGCUGUAUUAUAUGGUGACACUGAGCUGAAGUACAGCCAUGUUGAAAGAGGCGCUGGAAGGACAGCUUACAGCGGUGUAUAACACUACAGCCGCUUCAAUACAGGUGCAGGUGGAACCGGUGGGCCGCUGGUUCGAAGCCUUUUUGAAACGCAGGGUUCGAAAUGUGUCCGCUUCAUUCCAGGAGCUGGAGGAAGAAGAGGAGCUUUCCGAGGAGGAGGCAGAUGAGGAGUUGCAGCUGGAAGAAUAUCCCAUGCUGAAAACACUGGACCCUAAAGACUGGAAGAAUCAAGAUCACUAUGCUGUUUUGGGUUUAGCUCAUAUGAGAUACAAGGCAACUCAGAAACAGAUCAAAGCAGCUCAUAAAGCAAUGGUGCUGAAACAUCAUCCAGACAAGAGAAAAGCAGCAGGCGAGCAGAUCAUAAAAGGAGACAAUGAUUAUUUCACCUGCAUUACUAAAGCAAUAGAGAUUCUGUCAGAUCCUGUGAAGCGGCGAGCGUUCGACAGUGUGGACCCCACCUUUGACAAUGCCAUGCCUUCGAAAGCAGAUGGAAAAGAGAACUUCUUCAAUGUGUUUGCUCCUGUGUUUGAGCGAAACGCCAGGUGGUCGACUAAAAAACACGUCCCCCACCUAGGAUCCUCGAAAUCGACCUUUGAGGAGGUGGACAACUUCUAUUCAUUUUGGUACAAUUUUGAUUCAUGGAGAGAGUUUUCAUACUUGGAUGAAGAGGAAAAAGAGAAAGCAGAAUGUCGUGAUGAGCGGAGAUGGAUUGAGAAGCAGAACCGAGCGUCACGAGCUCAGAGGAAAAAGGAAGAAAUGAAUAGGAUACGAACUCUCGUGGACACCGCCUACAGCUGUGACCCAAGGAUAAAGAAAUUUAAAGAGGAAGAAAAGGCCAGGAAAGAAUCGGAGAAGAAAGCCAAAGCCGAGGCCAAGAAGAAAGAGCAGGAGGAAAAGGAGCGGGCUCGACAGGCAGAGCUGGAAGCAGCUCGGUUGGCUAAAGAAAAAGAGGAGGAGGAGGCCAAGCAAGUGGCCCAGCAGGCCAAGAAAGAGAAAGAGGCUCAGAAGAAAGCCAUCAAGAAAGAGAGGCAGAAACUCAGGACCACAUGCAAGAACUGUAAUUAUUUUGUGGACAGCGAGGCAGAAAGUGUCAAGAUGAUGGAGGACGUUGAGAAGCUAUGUGAUCGACUAGAACUUAUGAGCUUACAGACAUUAAAUGAGGUUUUAGCAACAGGCAGUAAGGAUGAGAGUCAAGCUGCAAUAGAGAAACAGGUACAGGAAGUGAAUGACCAGCUCAAGCGUGAGCAUGAAGCUGAAGUAAAGGCGCAGCAGACUGCACGCAGCACGGAAAAUGCCAGCACCGGAAGUGGAGGAGGCAAAGGUUGGAACGAGGAAGACCUGCAGUUGCUUAUCAAAGCCGUCAACCUGUUUCCUGCUGGAACCAAUGCCAGGUGGGAAGUGAUCGCCAACUACAUGAACCUGCACUCAAACAGUGGCAUCAAAAGAACAGCAAAAGAUGUCAUCAGUAAAGCGAAGACAUUACAGAAACUGGACCCUCACCAGAAAGAAGAGGUGAACAAAAAGGCAUUUGAGAAGUUUAAAAAAGAGCAUUCUGCCGUUCCUCCCACUGUAGACAAUGCUGUGCCUUCAGAGCGCUUUGAUGGGGGUGACUCUAAUUCUGCUCCCUGGACAACAGAAGAGCAAAAGCUCUUAGAGCAAGCGCUAAAGACCUACCCUGUUAGCACUCCUGAGAGGUGGGACAAAAUUGCUGCUGCUGUGGCUGGACGCUCCAAGAAAGAUUGUAUGAAGAGAUACAAGGAACUCGUGGAGAUGAUUAAAGCGAAGAAAGCUGCCCAGGAACAAGUUGCUGCUAAGAGUAAAAAAUGAAGAGAAGCGAGCAAAGAACCACACAUGCACACACAUCUAGCCCCAUAUUCUUUUAACAUUAUUGUGUUGGUGUUUAUUUUAUAAUAAAAUAAAAAAAAAUGCACAGACUACAUAAA